AUGGAAUUCUCUUUAAUAGAUUUAGGCAGAAAGACCAAUGUCAAUCUGAGUUCCAUGAUUCAACUGAGCUUCCAGCCCAACCAACUAUGUGCAAAUCUCAGAUUAACUCAGAUCACCUAUUAAUGUAUUUAAAUUUCAAUCUCCUUAUUAGCUAAUAAACCAAUAAAUUUUUACAUAAUUCGGGAACAUGUACUCCAGGGCAUCAAAUUGAAAAGAGUACAAAACCAAUUUAAUUUCUAAUCUCAACAUAUUAUCCCUAUUGGCGAGGACUUCUAUUUGGAAAAGGAGGACCUUAUUCAUAAUCUCUUUACACUGUUUUUGAGCUUCCUGUAUGUGGGGAAAAUAGAGUACAAAAGCAGAGAUUACUUUUUGCCCUUGUUCAAACUGGCUAUAUAUUUUCAAUGCGAUGCUUUACUAACCUCCCUAUUAAAUUAAGAGAAGCCUGUAGUGAUGAGAUCCUUCUUCCUUAAUUUCCUAUGCGACAUUUACAAUGAUCCAACCCAUCUCCAAACCUUCAUAUAAAUGUAGAACUCAUAAAAGUUCUUGUAAUACCUGAUCCAAUAAAAUUCCCCCAACAUCAAGGCACACAUAGAUUGGCAUAAUCACAAUAGGAAGGAUGUUUAGGACAAGAUUAAGAAAGGUACAACACUUGAUAAAUCCAUAUAGCAUUUGCUCAAGUUAAUCCAAAGCUCUUUGAAGAAUUUGCCAGCGUCUACUCAACCAAAAGUCCCUAAGAUAUUACUUAUUUUACCCAUUUCCUAUUCUACAUUGAGCAGUAUGGCAAUCCAUAGAUUCAGAUAUUGGAAGAUAUGUAUAUAGGGAGAAUCUUUGAGUUGGUAGACGAAGAAUUUUUCAUCACUUACUAAAACUAUUUCACUAAUAGAUGCAAAGCCAAACUAGAAUAAAUAAUAAACAAAAUUAGGAAUCCGCCUUAUCAUAUGCAACACUCGUUAGUCUGUGAUUUAUGGUAUACCUUGCAUAAUAUAUUGCUUAGUAACAAAUUCUUCAAGGCUGGUUGUAAUCAUGAGAUAUGUUUGAAUUGCCUCUUUCAAUACAUGAUGUAUCGAUAAAAAUAUGCCCCAAAAAAUCAGAUGGUCCCUCAAAAGAUUAGAUGUCUCUCAAGAUUUCUAAAUAAAGAUAUUUGCGAUUAUGUUUUUUAGGAUCAGGAUUUCUUAUAAUUAAAAGAAUUCCAAAUAGAUGAAGUACUAAAUAAAUACCUUUAAAAGAAAGAUUGAUAUUGAAUAUAUAAU